AUGCGGAUGUACACGCAGAACCUGCGCAACGGAACCUUCUGGGCGCAGUACAUGUGGGACGCGAGCGGCCGCUACUCGUCGCAGUUCCUGUGGGGCAACAGCUACCGCCUGGGCUCUUACACGCAGUGCACGGAGACCGAGGCGCCCUUCCCGGCUGCCUUCAGCGUCGCCUCCGUCGCUUUCCACCAACCCGGCGCAGAGGCGCGGCAGCUGCGCCUGGGGCUGUGCCUGCCCGCGGCCUGCUCGGACAACGCGUCAGCUCUGCUGUCGGCGGCGCUGGUGCCCUCUGCGUCCCUGCAGCGCGUGCGGCCAGUCCCCGACCCGCGCUUCUCCUUCUGGACGCUGCCCGCCUUCUACUGCCUCUGCGUGGCGGUGAGCGCGAUGGGUCUGCUGGUUGCGACUGGUACCGUGGUGGACCUACUGCUGCAGAGGAGGCGGCGGGCGCGGUCCCGGGAGCCAGAGGUGAUCGAGUGUAAUGGAAACCAUCUGAGCUACACGGCGAGUGGACCACCUGAAGAUAAAGAGCCGCCGGUUAAAAAAGAGGUGAACUCAAGGCAAGGGACGUGGCUGCGCCUGUUGCUGUGCUUCUCGCUGCGCACCAACAUCGGCAAGCUGCUGGACGUGGGCUCCGGCAGCGACGCGCUCAGCUGCGUGCACGGACUGCGCGUCUUCAGCUUGCUGUGGGUCAUCGCAGGCCACACCUGCAUGUUCGCCUUCCCCUUCGCAGACAACCGGGGCUUCCGGAAGCUGGUGGAGAGAGACUUCCUGUUCCAGUCGAUCAGCAGCGGCGCUUUCUCCGUGGACACGUUCUUCUUCAUGAGUGGUCUUCUGCUGGCGUUCAUGUAUUUCAAAAUGGACAAGAAACAGGAGGUGUCAGAAGUCCCAGUUUGCACCAAGUUCAAAUCGUCUUUUCUCCGCUUCAUCGGUAUAUUCUCGUACCGAUUUCUGAGGUUGACACCACCGUACCUUUUGGUGCUGUGCCUGGCCUACCUUGUGACCAUCUGGUUCGCACACAACUCCGUCAUGGACCCGCCAACCCAGGACCACCUCAACUGCCCCAAGUACUGGUGGCGGAACCUGCUCUACAUCAACACGCUGUUCCCCGUCAAUAACAUGUGCAUGAUAUGGAGUUGGUACCUGGCGAACGACACCCAGUUCUACGCCCUGGGAAUGAUACUGCUGCUUGUGUCUUCAGUAUAUUUCAAGACAGCCGUUGUUACGAUGUUCACACUGCUCGUUUGUUCUUGGAUUACUACUGCGGUGAUUACACUUAACACGAAUCACACACCAAGCAUAGAUCAACCUCUCGGUCUAUUCGACGAGCUGUACGAUAAGCCCUGGACCAGGCUGGGACCUUACGUUGUUGGGAUGUGCGUCGGAUAUCUGCUGAACAGGACUAACUGCAAAAUUCGCAUACCUAAGGUGGCGGUGGCGGCGGGCUGGGCGCUGAGCAUGGCGGUGACGUUCUGGCUGGUGCACGGACUGUACGGAGAGCUGAGUGCGGGGGCGUCGGCCGCCUACGUGGCGCUGGGCCACUCUGCGUGGGCGCUUGCGCUCGCCUGGGUCGCCAUCGCCUGCUGCACCGGCCACGGAGGAGUGGUGAACACGGUGCUGUCGCAGCGGAUGCUGGUGCCGCUGAGCCGGCUCACCUACUGCGCGUACCUGCUGCACCCCGUCAUCAUGCUGUCCGCCAUCAUGCACAUCGACGCGCCGCUCCACCUCUCUCGAGACACCAUGAUAAUGGUGAUCUUCGGCUACUUUACCUGUUCCUACUUGUUGUCGUUUGUGGUGUCAAUGACAUUCGAAGCACCAGUGAUAGCUGUGCUUAAUGUAGUGCAUCCGCUUAAGAAGAACAUAAAAAAAUGAUGUUCCAGAGUCAGCAGAAAGUGGGGUUGGAUGAAAUCGCCUCUAAAUGGUGGUGUUUACUGGUCCUGGAGCGUUGGUCUGAAACUGCCAGAGAAUCAGAAACUUUACGGAUGUGGUUUGAAGAAGAAGCCGCUGGACCAUACCUACAUAGAUAGACGACUUCAUUACGUUCAUUCAUACUUGCCAUUGGAGGAUUUGUUUCUCAGCGUACUUCUCAGCAGAGAAUGAAUAUUUCACGGAAUUCUUUGCUGGGGAAGGACGGCGGAAACCCAGUAGGGCUUCUACAAGUCUCUGGACGCGCACCAAAGCCCUUAUCAUUUAGGACUGAUAC